CAGGCUGGUAACAAAUAAUGGCGGCUUGGCUCAGGAGUCAGGGCUGGUAUCAAAAUUCAGAACCUACCUAGACAUUCUCCCCUUAUCUCCUGAUCUACAUGCUUCGCUCUCAACCUUCUUCUCGCGUUGUGUGGAUCAGCUGCGCCAGAGAGCUGAUCAAUUGAGGUGUGCUUCGCUUGCAGCCCGCCGGCAUGGCGGCCUCUGCUCUAGCUCGGGCCGCAGCUCCCUCUUUAUUUUGUGUCAGUGGCAACAAGACCAGUGAGAGAAAGGGGGCGUUCCAUUCUCAGUGUAGAGUUAAAUCGCUUCAAUCAGGUUGGGGAACCGAUUGUGCAGCGCAAAGUUUGACUGCGAGGGCUUCCACCUUUACCACCGGUGUGCAGCUAGGAGCCACUCCAUGCAGCUCUCUACGGUCACAUGCACGCAAUCCCCGCAGCAUAACCUGCAAGGGGAAUGACGACAACGGGCUUGUGCCGACCAAGGUGAAGAAGAAGGAUAAGAAGAAGAAGAAGUACUUCAAGCGGGAGGAUGUGAUUGAGGCCGAGGAGGAGGGGGACCCUAUCGGCGACCUGUUCCCACGGCCCAGCUGGGAAGGCAUCAAGCGAAGCGCGCACGUGUCGGACGACGCAUUUGCAAAGCGGGAGAAGCCCCAGCCGGAGGACGGCAAGCGGCCGUACAAGUACAAGGAGGAGCUCGCGGAGCUGCAAGCGGAGCUAGUGAAGUUGCAGGAGUGGAUCAAGCACAAGGGCUUGCGUGUUGUGACCAUUUUCGAGGGGCGCGACGCGGCUGGCAAGGGCGGCAUCAUCAGGCGUAUCACGGAGCGCACGAGCCCCCGGACGGUCUCCGUCGCGGCGCUCGGCACGCCGUCCGAUCGGGAGAAGACGCAGUGGUACUUCCAGCGGUACGUGCCACGUCUGCCGGCCGCUGGCGAGUGGAUCAUCUUCGAUCGCAGCUGGUACAACAGGGCGGGAGUGGAGAAGGUCAUGGGCUUCUGCACUGAUGCAGAGUACAAGCAGUUCCUGAAAACUUGCCCGCUGUUUGAGAACCUGCUGAUCGACUCGGGGAUCAUCCUGAUCAAAUACUGGGUGUCCGUCAGCUCCAAGGAGCAGGAAAAGCGGUUCAAGGAGCGCUUGAAGCGUCCGGAGAAGCGGUGGAAGCUGAGCCCGAUGGACCUGUACGCGCGCAGCCGCUGGUCCGAUUAUUCGUACGCCAAGGACGUCAUGUUCUCCCACACGGACACCAAGACGUCCCCGUGGUUCGUGAUCGACGGGAACGACAAGAAGGCUGCGCGCCUCAACACGAUCCGGCACAUCCUCUCCCUGAUUCCGUACGAGGACGUCAUCAAGACGCAAGACAUCAAGAUCCCGCCCAAGCAGGAGGACAACUACGAGCGGCCGCCGUUGCGCGAGCAGACGUUCGUCCCGCAGGAGUUUUAGGUUUCGCUCGCCAGGCUAGUUGCGGAAGAGAGACCUUCGUCGGGGUAGUUUUGAAAGUUGUGUGAAUAACGCAAAGCCUAGUCGCAGAAGUCUAGGAAUCGAUAGGGGCAGGGAUGUAGAAGUGUUUGCUAUGGCAGGGCUGUGCGGAAUGUCGCAAUCGUUGCAUUAACAGGGUCGCGACUUUCCUCUUGCCAGUUGUAAGCUGGUGCACGCGUGAAGUUGUUAGUGAACCGGUUGCAUCAGAUUCUUAAUCAAAUAAAGAGUCGAGGUACAUGCAUUUAAAACAUCAAGUUGCCAAUAGCGCAGGAGAAGCAGUGCUUGUAUAGGCUAGAUUGAGAAACUUUUGUUAGAACGCCCACAUGAGCAGGUUAGAAUUACUAGAUGAUGUAGGAUGCACGAGUGCACUGUAAAAUCCAGACAGGCAUGCAGGUUUUAGCCCUUUUCGAAACGCAAGGUUUGACUCCCUAAUUGUGCUGACGUAGAUUUAUUUACAUCAAAAGCAAAGUGUCGGAACGUGUCGCAUCCUAGGCGGUGUAGUCAAGCUAGGUGAGAGACACCCAAACCUUCAGUUUCAUGUGUAUUGACCACCUCAAAAAUGGCUUCUGACUUGGCAGACUCCUCUUAAAGAUGGUUCAUCCAGGA